AAGUAUAAAAGAUGGAAAGGAAUCACGACCAAGGAAUACACACGUGCGUAGUUCACGGUUCGACGAUGGCGGGACACGAUAAUUCUCGCUCGAUUCUUCAGAAAUGUGCUCUGAUUACAUUAUUGGUCGUCGUUCAAGUAACAGCAGAAGAGAUCUGCGACAGAACAAAGUGUCCUGGCCCACUGAGAUACUACGAUGAGCUCGGCUGCAUUCCCAUUCAUCCACCUGACGGCAAAUGUUGCCCGGAAGCGUUUGACUGCAGUCACCUGGACAAUUUGUCACGGGAUAAGUGUUACGUUAACGGACACGAGUACAACGUCGGCGAGUUACUAAAGCCUGAGGAAUCCAAUCCUUGCGACAUUGGUUGUAGAUGUGUAUCAUUCGAUGAUACUGCGAGCUUUAUCUGUGCGGCCGUAGAUUGUGCAUUCCUUGCGCCGAAAAUAAAUUGUUUCACCAGAUACAAGCAUGAUAGUUGCUGUCCGGAUAUAUCGCAGAUUUGUCUCAAGGACGGAGAAGAAAGAGCGACUUGCGAAGUUGAUGGUGUAACCUACUACGACGGAAACUCCUUUACUCCAAAAUCUGAUCCGGGGCUAAAUUGUAUCUGCAUGCCUGGAUACACAGGUAAUAAUACCGAGCCAUUCUGUCAGAAACGCAAGCGUUCUUAUUGCGACCCUCUGUUCCGAAAUGCUGAUAAAGUUCAUCGAAACUGUGUACCUGUAUAUUACGAUCAUCAGGAGCCACAAUCAGAUUGCAGCUACGCUUACCGAUGCCAAUCCGCUGACGACGAAGUUAUUUCUAGCAAAAGUACUGAUAAGCCCAGAGGGAACCUUCCUGAAGAACAACAGACUUGUCGAUUUGGUAAUUUGACGAUGCAGUUAGGCGACGAGUUGAGUGAAGGGACCGGCGAUUAUGAAUCAUAUUGCAUGAAAUGCGUAUGCGAAGUGCCUCCAUUCCCGACGUGCGAAAGAAUUCCGUUUUCCGCUUGCGAUCCUAUGAAAUACUUCAAGUUUCCCACGAUCCCCAUUGAUAUCUCUACUGCUGAUAUAUAAUAAUUCGACUCUGAAAAUUGUAAUGUCCCAUAUACUAUAAUGUAAAUCAGUUGUCGCUAGUCCUAUCAGUGUUGCAAAUAAAAAUUUUAGUUGAAUUAUUUCAGUCCGAAAGCGCUUGCACGUACGUAUGGAAUUUCGAUUGGAAAAGUUUCAGAAAACUUAUUUUCUCACCCAUCUUAACGUUCUUGACAUACAUUGUCAUCAUUCUCAACAGCUUGUCCCUAUUAUAUAUAAUAUACUACAAUGGACAGUUUCUUUUAAUUUUCGAAUUAUGUACAAAAAAAUCUGUCUGAUUUGUAACACAAUUAUGGUCAGACACGUUCACUGACUCUAAUUUCUUUCUCACGUUACUUGCUAGAAAGACAGAAAUUGGAAUUAGAUUUGUGUUUUAUAUUUUUCUAACGUCGUGAACCGAGUUUACAUAGGACACCAUUGUACUAAUCAUGGCAGAGUUCAAUGUGUUGUAUCGAAAGAUUUAUAUUAAUAUCUCGGAAAUUAAUAAAAACUGAAAACUAUCAUUUUA